AUGAUCGACAAAUAUUUUACCAAACUACCAAAAAAUUCAGAACCUUUAAAUUCAAAACCAAAGGAGAAAGUUGCUUUUGUUGAGAAAGAAAGUCUUGCAUCAGAUGAUGAUAUUAUUGGUGAUCCUGGACUGCGAAAACCAAUUGAUAGUUACCCAUUUGAAAUUAGAGAUUCAUUGAGGAGAAGAUACUUAGCUAAAGGCCCUUGUCAACCAGUUGGGCAUGAAUUUCCAUUCACUCUUAGUCGCGAAAAGAAUCGAAGGUUUCAAGUUGCUUGGUUCAAGGAUUAUGAAUGGUUAGAGUAUAGUGUAUCUAAAGACAAAGCUUAUUGUUUAUAUUGUUAUUUGUUUGCAAAUAACAAUAGAAGUGGGGGAAAUGUUUUUACUGAGAUUGGUUUUAAUAACUGGAAAGAUGAAAGACGUGCAUUUGUCAAUCAUGAAGGAAGUCCUGGUAGCUCACAUAGUGGUUGUAGAAUGAAGGUCGAGCAAUAUUAUAAUCAAAGAGGGAAUGUGAAUCAGCUAUUGACAAGACAAACUGCUGCUAUGGAAGAUGAUUAUCGCACUCGAUUGUCAAUGGUUGUAAGUGUUGCUCGAAUACUUUUAGAGGAAGGUUUGCCUUUUAGAGGACAUGAUGAAUCUGCGGAGUCACUCCACCGAGGUAAUUUUCUAGAACAUAUUAGUUGGGUAUGCAAGAGAGAAGAAAAUGUAAAUAAAGUGAUGGGAAAGAAUGCUCCAGGAAAUAAUCAAUUGACUUCUCCUACGAUUCAAAGGGAUAUUAUUGAAUGUUGUGCAAUGGAAACGAGAAAGAUCAUAUUGAAUGAGCUAGGGGAGAAGAAGUUUGCUCUUUUGGUUGAUGAAGCCCGAGAUUGUUCAGUAAAGGAGCAAAUGUCUUUGGUGUUGAGAUUUGUUAAUGACAAAGGAAUGGUUUUGGAACGUUUUCUUGGAUUGGUUCAUGUGAAUGAGACUUCUGCAAAAGUUCUAAAAAAUGCUAUUGAUACUUUUUUUGCCAAGCAUGAUUUAUCACUUGCAAAACUCAGAGGGCAAGGUUACGAUGGAGCUGCAAACAUGAGCGGUGAAUUUAAUGGGUUAAAAACACUCAUUCUAAAAGAAAACAAAAAUGCACAUUAUAUUCAUUGUUUUGCCCACCAACUUAAGUUAGUUGUUGUGACUGCUUCACAUGAAUCAGAGAGUGUAGGUGAUUUCUUUGAAACAUUGUCAAUGAUAGUGAAUACAAUUGGAGCUUCAUGCAAAAGAAAGGAUUCUCUUUGA